AUGGUUUUUGCUGAAUUUGCUCCAACCGUUUAUAUAAUUCAUACUAUAUGGACUUUAGCUGAAAUUUUCAUACCGCCGGAGUGUAGUCGUGGCGAAAGAUGUUUCUCCUCUUAUUUAAUUUCAAAUCCAAUACAACAUCUGGUACUAUUUACAUCCGUAAAUCAGUUUCCAAAUUCGCAUGACUCCACUUCUGACUCUAUUUCUAAAAUACAUACAUCGUUAAAAAUUGACUAUCGGAAACCUACUUCUAUAAAUGUGAACAUAAAGUUACCCAGAAGAACCAGAAAUAAUGGAACAUUAUAUAUGCAUGCGGUUUUGCUGGAUGAGAGCCGUCUGUAUAAAGAAUUUAGUGAACUUCGUGAAACAGAAGCAAUGCAUACAUUACCAUUAGUAACUUAUGCUGAACCACAAGCUGCUACUUUUAAUCUCCUUAAACAUAAUAUUGGUGCAGAUGAGCGAGUAAAAAAAAGUGUUAAACCAUUUUCUCAUAUAUCAACAUUGGUCCCACUGUCUAUACUCACUGAUAAAUUAAAUCUACCUGCAAAAAUACCAGCUGAAUUGCUUCCCUACAUGAGAAUUCGAAAUGGAAAAUUUCUACCUAUUAUUAUGCACAAUGUGUUGAAAUCAAGAAUGUCUCAUUUGCAGUUAUUAAAUAAUAGUAUGUCUGAUGUAAAUAUUACUGUGACUGUAACUCCUACUUCAUAUGGUUCUUUACGGUUAGCACUACAUGUACAAUUAGCUUUAGAGCAGCUUCACAGUCUUGGUUUUAGUGAAAAGGAUGUGGAUGAUGUGAAAGGAAUUUUUGAAGACACUAACCUCUACUUGUUAUCAGCUACAGUUUUAAUAGCCAGCUUUCAUCUAUUAUUUGACUUCCUUGCCUUCAAGAACGACGUGUCAUUCUGGAGAAGUAAGCGUUCACUGGCUGGGUUGUCGGCGCGAACUGUAUUGUGGCGAGCAUUUUCACAGCUUGUCAUUUUCUUCUAUCUUCUUGAUGAACAAACAUCACUCUUAGUACUUAUUCCUGCAGGCAUUAGUGCGGUGAUUGAGCUAUGGAAAGUGACGAAAGUUCUACAUUUGCGCGUCAGUUUCGCUGGCUGGCGAGUGCGCGUGUGGCGUGAUGCGAGCAAGGACGCGGGCGAGCAGAGCACCGCUAAAGCUGACGCCGAGGCCAUGCGUUACCUUUCUAUGCUCUUGUACCCGCUGUGUAUCGCCGGCGCUAUUUACUCGCUGGUAUACGAGCCCCAUAAGAGCUGGUAUUCGUGGGCGUUGCAUAGCGUUGUGAACGGCGUGUACGCGUUCGGGUUCCUUUUCAUGUUGCCGCAGCUGUUCGUGAACUACCGGCUCCGUUCGGUGGCGGCGUUGCCUUGGCGCGCCUUCAUGUACAAGGCUUUCAACACUUUCAUUGAUGACGUGUUUGCCUUCAUUAUCACCAUGCCCACUGCGCAUCGCGUCGCUUGCUUCCGUGAUGACCUGGUCUUCCUCGUUUACCUGUACCAACGGUGGUUGUAUCCGGUCGACCAAUCCCGCACGGAUACUGCUACGAGCAUGACAGAAAGUCCCGACGAUCUGGAACCUGUGAAACAGAAAGAAGAUUAG